CUAAAUCCGUUCGUGUGCAUUGGGGCACAUGAAUCCAACUAUUCCGACCGCCAUCUUACCGGUGAUUCAAGUGCUCUCUGAGUUAAUUUGGAGCAAGCGAACAAACCUCGAGAAGUGUUCCGAACCCAUCGGCCGUCAAACUCAGCUAUUGGCUUCUAUUGGUCGCGUUCAGCAGACUCAACUGUUGUAGAGCGGAUCCGUGAGCGUUCACCGAUCAUGAUCCGAGUCUGCUGAACGGGUCUGAUCAUUAUUGUCACGUGACCAUAUAACGAUUAUAACCUUAUUUCAAGCAGCUAUGGCACCAAAUAGUGUAAGUGUCUGCGUUCCUCACUGCUAGUUACUAUAUAUUAUUAAAUAAGGAUAAUAUACAUGCAAUAUGGAGAAUUUAGAUAUUGUUGCGUUACUUGAAGAUGACGGUCAUAAUGACCGAAUAAACGUAUUGCACCUUAUGCUUAAUGAAUUAGUCGAACCGUUACCAGAACUGGAUGAACUAGAAGUGAGGCAACGUGAUGAAAGACCUAGAAAUCGUAAUUAUUACGAAAUUAUUGUUCCUCAAUACGACGUUGUUUUAUUUAAGGAGCAUUUUAGAAUGUCUCGUGCAACAUUUGAAGUGCUAGUUGAUAUAAUUGGAAAUUCCAUACAUGGGAAUCCAAAUUACCUUGUGGAUUUGAGAAAAAAAGUUAUGUUUUCAUUGUGGAUUUUAUCUAAACCGGAAAGUUUCCUUGCUGCUGGAGAUCGCUUUGAUUUACCCAAGAGUACUGCUCACUACGUAUUCAAAGAAGUUAUCACCAUUAUAGCUAACCUCUUACCGAAUUAUAUUACAUGGCCUGAUAGACGAUAUCAUAAUGUUGAAGAGAUUUUUCGAAGACGUUCUCGGGGAUUUCCCGGUGUUAUUGGGGCGAUUGAUGGUUGCCAUAUUCCAAUAAAAGCUCCUGUAGGCAACUCUAUAGAUUUUUAUAAUAGAAAUAAGAUACACUCGAUUAUAUUACAAGGUGUAUGCGAUCACAAGGCACGUUUUAUAGACGUUUUCAUCGGAAUGCCUGGACGAAUGCAUGACGCUCGAGUAUUUAGGCAGAGCGAGUUGUUUGCACGAUUGAAUAAUGCUGAAAAUCCUUUGCUACCCUUUAAUAUGCAUCUUAUAGGGGAUUCUGCCUAUCCUUUAAUGCCAAAUCUUAUGACACCGUUUCGUGAUAAUGGUCACCUAACGAGAGCGCAAAGUAAUUAUAAUAUUAAAUUAAGUAUGAUCAGAGCUAUUAUCGAAAGAGCAUUCGGUCUUUUGAAAAAUAAAUUCCGAAGAUUAAAAUAUUUAGAUAUUUCCGACCCAGCUUUGGGAAAUACUAUCAUAGCAGCAGCGUGCGUCUUGCAUAAUUUUUUAAUUGAUCGAGAUGAAAUUAAUUUCGAAUAUGAAGCACCAAUCGAAGCAAUGGCAAUACCGAACGAUGAUAUAGAUAUACUAAAUGAUAAUAUUCCUGCGGUAACAAAAAGAAAUGAAAUAGUUCAUUUAUUACAAUAAGAAAAAAAAAUUUAUUUGAAAAUAUA